AUGACCCAGCCCAGCGGCGGCACGCGCGCACUCAGUAUCAUGCAGGAGCUGCGUCAGCUCCGGGGAAAAGUCUGCAUGUUUUCAGAGAAGAAUCGCGAGCUGGCCAAAGCGCUGACUACAACCAAGCAGGAGCUUACAAAAGCUCGAGCGGCUAAGAGCACUGUUUUUUCGGACAAAGUGGUGGAAUGGAUGGAGGCGCGAUACAAACUUGCUGAGGUGCAGGACAAGGCGACUCAAUGCAACUUCGAGGAUCUGGACAAAGGCGCUCGUGCGAUCUUGGAAAACACGCACUUCGAGCCGGAUCCACCACUCUCUCCAGUUCGGAACUGUAGAUCCACUUACUCUGAACCGCGAGUGCUUCUUGCGGCGACGUAUCCGAGAGCUUCAGUGGCUUUAGAGCAACCAAUGAUCAUAGAGGAGAACGAAACCUCAACAGAAAGUGAAGAUGCAAUGGCGACUAUCUCUAAAACAAGCAGACGGAACAGUGUAACAACAGCAAAUGUUGUGUCCACAAAUCACGUUACCACCAGUUCGAAACGAACAGGCUCGCAGGCUGGUGUGAAGUGGCGACUACGCCAGCGAGAUACCGACAUGUCGUACGUCGAGCCCAAGCUCAACACGAAACUCCGGCGGGGAGAUUACUAUGGCUUAGGCAAUCGAACAGGCCAGACGAUUCCUCGGCCGUCGACACCCCGCAUGAUUUCUGGAACGCGCUGCACCAAAUCGGCGUGUGUGCCCAGACGCUUCGGCCACCAGCGCAGUCCAUUCCGAAGCAGACGCUCCACGAGACCCAUCAAGCGGAUCUCGUACAAGGAGCCCAAGCUCAACACGAAGCUCCGUCAGGUACACGCUCAAAGCCGCAUCUUCCUGGCCGACUCGCCUUGA